AUGGUCAAAAUGACAAUAUUAGAUCAGUCUGUACCUCUCCUGAUGGAAAUACAUUAGCCUAUGGUAGUGAUGAUAACUCUAUCCGUUUAUGGGAUGCUGAAACACGAUAAUAAAAAGCCAAUUUAGAUGGUCAUAAUAAUUAUGUUUACUAAGUCUAUUUCUCUCCUGAUGGAGAUAAAUUAAUUUCAUAAAGUAAUGAUUAAUUAAUAAGGAUAUGGGAUGUAAAGAUAGGAUAAGAAUUUUAACACAAUUGAAAUAGUUAUCAGAAAGUUUUUGGAUAAUUUACUAGACAACAAUUUAUAAAGAAUCCCCCUUUAGGUAUUCACUUAUCUUAUUUUUUAGCUGCUUUUGUAACUAUUCUGA